AUGGCACCUAAACGUAAUAUCGACGAUGAAUUUGUUCUCACACUAUCAGAUAAUGAGGGCGAAGAUCUCACUAAUGUCGUUGAAGAAGAAUUGCCUCUAGAUCCUUCCUCAAACAAAAAACGCAAACGCAAUGACGAUACUACGACUGCUAAAAAGUCCAAGAAAUCGAAGAAGAAGUCCGAGGAUGAAGAUGUGGAAGAAGAGGGGAUAUGGGGAAUUAAGGAUGCAGAUGAUGGGGCUAUGGAUUCCGACUUUGAAUUUGCAUUGGAAGCUGAUGGAAAGGGAGAUUUGGAGGAAUUUGAGGGCUGGGGAUUCGACGGAGCGAAGAAAGGACUCAAUGGAGGUGACAAAAAGGCAGUGGAUAUUGAUGAGAUCAUUGCACGAAGGAGAGAAAAGAAGAAAGCUGCAGGAAAGAAGAAGGGAGAUCCAGAGGACGAAGUAAUGGCAGAACAAAAAGAUGCCGUAGCUUCGGACGAAGAACAAAAUGCGCCAGAUAUGGAUUUCGAGGACGAGGACGAUGAAUUCAUGGCCGAGGAUGGUUUCGGAAUGGGUGCUGGAUCUGCGGAAGAAUCUGGAGCAGAUGAUGGUGACUCCGAGGCAUCGGAUAACGAAGAAGCGGGCGAAGAAGAUGAUGAUUCCGAUAACGAUUCCGUCGCAUCACCAGCACCGCAUCCAGAUGAUGCAGCUUCUGAAGCCUCCGAUGAUGAUGAUGAUGAGGAUGUGGACGAAGACUCAGAAGAAGCUGCCAAACGCGCGGCGUUUUUUGCCCCUGAAGAAAAGCCAGUCAAGGGUGCUAAGCCCGAACUCACUUCAACAUUUAAUGGCAUGUCAUUAUCUCGACCAAUUCUUCGAGGUCUUGCUACCGUUGGUUUCACGCAACCUACACCAAUUCAAUCGAAAACUAUACCUGUUGCAUUGCUUGGGAAGGAUGUUGUUGGUGGAGCUGUUACUGGUUCCGGAAAGACUGCCGCAUUUAUCGUUCCGGUACUUGAACGUCUUCUUUACAGACCAAAGAAAAUACCAACCAGUAGAGUGGCUAUUCUUAUGCCAACUCGUGAGUUGGCGAUUCAAUGUCACGCAGUUGCUACAAAGCUUGCAAGCCACACUGAUAUCAAAUUCUGUUUGGCUGUUGGAGGUCUUAGUUUGAAAGUUCAAGAAGCCGAGUUACGUCUUCGUCCAGAUGUCAUUAUUGCUACUCCUGGUCGUUUUAUUGAUCACAUGCGCAAUUCCCCAAGCUUCACUGUUGAUACUUUGGAAAUUCUCGUUCUCGAUGAAGCUGAUCGAAUGCUUGAAGCUGGUUUCGCUGAUGAGUUGAACGAGAUCUUAACAACCAUUCCUAAAUCCAGACAGACUAUGCUUUUCUCCGCAACAAUGUCUUCAUCCGUUGAUAACCUCAUUCGAGUGGGUCUCAACCGACCUGUUCGAUUACUCGUCGAUGCUCAGAAGUCAACUGCUGGUACUUUGAUACAAGAAUUUAUUCGUCUUCGUCCAGGAAGAGAGCUCAAACGCAUGGGAUAUCUUUUGUAUCUUUGCGCAAACGUCUACACUGAUCGAGUCAUUGUUUUCUUCAGACAAAAGAAGGAAGCUCAUAGAGCACGAAUUAUCUUCGGAUUGUCUGGUCUCAAAUCUACUGAAUUGCACGGUAGCAUGAGUCAAGAACAGCGUAUUAAAAGUGUAGAGUCAUUCCGUGACGGAAAAGCCUCCUUCCUCCUCGCCACCGAUCUCGCCUCCCGUGGUCUCGAUAUCAAAGGUGUCGAUACAGUCAUCAACUACGAAGCCCCUCAAUCUCACGACAUCUACCUCCAUCGUGUAGGACGUACCGCUCGUGCUGGUCGUGCCGGACGCGCCUGUACCAUAGCCGCAGAACCCGAUCGUAAAGUCGUCAAAGCUGCUGUGAAAUCCAGUCGUACACAAGGAGCCAAGGUCGUCAGUCGAGUGAUCGAAGCUAGCGAGGCGGAUAGUUGGAGCGAAAAGGUUGAUGAGAUGGCGGAGGAAAUCGAGGAGGUUUUGAGAGAGGAGAAAGAAGAUAAGGUGUUGGCACAAGCUGAAAUGGAGGUGAGAAAGGGUCAAAACUUUAUGGAUCACGAAGCGGAGAUCAAGGGGAGACCCAAGAGAACAUGGUUCGAGAGCGAGAAAGAGAAAUUAGCAGCCAAGAAGUUGGGAGUAGAGGAAUUGAAUGGAGUGGUGGGUGGUAACAAAAAGGGCAAGUUGAGCAAUAAGGAUAAGAAGAAGUUGGAUGACAAGGGAGAGCGCAUAGAAGGAAGGGUUUGGAAAAAGGGUAGGCAGGAGAGAGAUGGAAAGGGGGUUUUGGCUACGGAGAAGGGCAAGAAGAAAGUUAAGGGUGGGAAACCUUCAGGUCCGGGUGCAAAGAAACCUAUGAGACCGACGAGAACGGGUGGUGCGAAGAAGAGAUAG